AUGCCAAACUUCUCACGCAGUCUCUCGAUAACAGACAUCGACAGCCAGAUCUUUUUCGACAUCCACCAGGGUGAUCCGAACACUACUUUCUGGCGACUCUCCCCGGAAGAAAUAGUCUUUCAACCUGAUAAUCUCGACCGCGCCCUAGAAUCCCACGAUAAUAAAUGGUCCCCAGGCGACAUCCUCGCCGAACUACGCCUCAAUACGAUAAUAGGCUUUACCCUAAGGCAAGUCGUAGAGCGAGAAUCCGAUCGGCACACGGGAUUAAAGAAGGUAAAAAGCCUGGGCUUCAGACAAAGUGUCGCGGUGGAAGUUCUAUAUAAAUAUGAACCGCGUCGCCUGAUCGGGUUCUGUGAUCAUAUUCUGCGGUAUUGGCAUUCUUCUAGGACCUUUGCUGCUGUGAUUGGGGGGGAGGAGAGUCGGGAUGAGGUGCUUGGUGUUAUAAGUAUGCUCCAUCAUGAGAGAAGAACGACCGGGAGGAGUGAUUGUAUGGUGUAUGGUCUCGCGACAGAUGGGUAUUAUUUUCAUUUUGUGGUUAUCGAUAAUGAUUCCCAGUACUCAUGGCAUACACUCAACUGGAACUCGCAGUUUGAGCAGGUUGAGAUCAUCUCCCAGAUGACGAGGAUUAUCAAGCAUGCGGCUGGGCUUGCUGUGUCAGGGGGGUCGGUAAAUAGCAGACGCAGACCUGAUUCUGAAUCUUUUGAUAGUUGGCACCGGAGAGACUUGGCGUCGAAUGUUGGUGGCUAUGCUAGGGUUGCUCGAUAUUGCCUGUUGGUCAUGUGGAAUUACUUCCUGAGCAAGGCUAGCGCAUAA